UAGAUACAACUGCAGUGAACAGUCACAUAAAAUGUUGCUAGAGGAAAAUAAAAUAUUUCGUUUUCAUUCGGACACGAUCGAUGUGGUCAGGAGAGAGAUUAACUUGUCACAAGAAGAAGAUAUGAGAGAAGCCAUUAAGAUUCUUAGGGAAUGGGUGCACAUACAGCCGCACUUCAAGAUAAAAGACUUCCCUGAUUCAUAUUUAGAGAGAUGGAUUGUUGCGUCCAAAGGGUCGGUGGAGAAGGCGAAAUCACGCCUGGACAGAAUGUGUACCAUACGAACUCUAAUACCCCAUUAUUUUAUAGAGACUGACGUGACUAGGGAUUUUAACGAUAUAUUUGACAAAGUCAUUCCUGUCAUCUGUCCAAAGCUUACCAAGGAACACCAUAGAGUUAUCGUUACAAAGUCUCUAGUAAGUGACGCUGACGCAGAAUUUUUAACGAAGUUUUAUAAAUACAGCAUAUACAUCUGUGAACUUUUGAGAAGAUACGAUUAUGGGAUGGGUCUUCAUUCCGUCUACGACGUGCAGUCACUAGAUAUAGUUAAAUUGAUGACAAAGAUAAAUGUAGUCGAAUUCAGAAAUAUUUUGACCAUUCUUCUGGAGGGAUAUGGUAUGAGAGUUAAGGGUAUACAUAUAAUAAUACAGUCAAAAAGCAUUGAACUGUUACUUAACAUCGCCAAAACAAUUCUAAAACCUAAGAUAAUUAGUCGUAUACACGUUCAUAAGUCGUAUGAAGAACUACACGAGAUUAUUGGCAAAGACGUGAUACCAAUCGAAUUUGGAGGAAAUGAAAGAUCUAUUUUUGAACUCCAUGAUGAUCUCAUAGAAGUGGCAUCAACGAAAGAAUUCAAGGAAUGGUAUUCCACCAUGUUAAACGCGCGAACAGAUGAAGAACUUCGACCUAAUGGAAAGUUCAACGAGGAAUAUGCUGGAACACCUGGAACAUUCAGAAUGCUAAAUUUAGACUAAGUUGAGGAUUUAUUUAAUUGAGGUUAUUAUUUGUUUCAUUUAAUUUUGUGCGGGCACAGAUAAAAACGAGGAUUUUUUUUGACAUUGACAAUGCAGGGCUAGUAGGGAAUAGGGACAGUCAUAGAUUAAAAAGUGGAUCUUCAUAUUGUUUUCUCGGUUAUAAGUUUAUUAAACAAAAUUAGAUACUAAGUUUACAAGCAAUGUUUUAUAUUCUUGUUAUUAUCAUCUUACACGUUAAUCUAAAAAGCACCUAAAAGUUUAAACGAAAUUAUUUGAAAAAUAAGAAGUACAAGAUUUCGAUUUAAUUUAUUUUAGUGGGCGUAGUAAAUAUAUACGUGACCCACGCCUAGUACUGAAAGUUGAAAUUAAAUUAUAAAAACAAACCUUAAAUUAUCAAGGUGUUAUCAUAAACGGUAAAUGGGUGUGGGAUAAACAAAGAAUCAUAUUUACAUAAAAGCUUUACUUAAAUAUU